GAGCCGCAACUUCAUGACGGGUGGAAGCGUGUCUUUCGGGCCAGAAGAGGGCGCCAGACCUCAUUACAGAUGGUUGUGGUUGCUGGGAAUUGAACUCAGGAUCUUUGGAAGAGCAGAACUUGUUCUUGAACCAGAGCUGUACAAGCUGACACCGGCCACUAGAUCACCAGGACAACCCAAGACAAUUAGAGAACCAUGACUUGCAUUGAGCAAGAUAGGCUGGGUCAAGUGUUUGAAGAUGCGAUUGAAGUACUGACACAGAAUUCAGCUGGAGAACUUCAAUAUCCCCCAGAUCACAAAAAUUACAUGAAUUUCGUCAACCAGUAUCCUCACAUCAGAGGCAGCCCCAGUUGCUGCGGGUUUGUGCACCCAGAAGAACCCACCUGUAACUGGAGGAGUCUGACGAAUGGUUCUGCGGACUGGUAUUCAGAAGAAAGUUUUCAUCAAUCUCUGCAGAACAUAACUGAAAGCCAACUGGUACAAGCCUCCAUCUUCCAGCAAAAGGGAGGAAAAGGCAGGAGGAAGCUCCGGCUGUUCGAAUACCUUUUCGAAUCUCUGUGUGACUCGGAGAUGGCGUCUUGCAUCCAGUGGGUCGACAAGACCAAAGGUGUCUUUCAGUUUAUCUCAAAAAACAAAGAAAAGCUGGCUGAGCUUUGGGGGAAGCGAAAAGGCAACCGAAAACCCAUGACUUACCAGAAGAUGGCCAGAGCCCUGAGAAACUAUGCCAGGACAGGGGAGAUCACGAAAAUCCGCAGGAAACUAACCUACCAGUUCAGCGAAGCUGUUCUCCAGAAACUGUCUCCGGCUCAUCUCCUGGGGAGAGACAUCCUCUGCUCGCAGUAUGGCCAGUAUGAUCAGGAAUAUCUCAGCUUGAACCCUUGGAAUGUAAACUACUAUCCCCAUACGGGUUACCUGAGCUAAACCACUCCAGCUACUUCUUUGGUUUUUGUUUUUUUAAAGGAAAUGAAAACAUUCCUAUGUUUUCAGAGCUUUGGAUUAAUCAAUUUUUUUUUUAAAAAAAAACUUUAUUUUUCAUUACACAGUGUUUUGUCUGUAAGUAUGCCUGCAUGCCAGAAGAAGGAACUAGAUCUCAUUACAGAUGGUCGUGAACCACCAUGUGAUUGCUGGGAAUUGAACUCAGGACCUUUGGAAGAACAGUUAGUGCUCUUAACCUCUGAGACCUGUGUUUUUUGAGACAGGAUUGCUCUGUGUACCUCUGACUGUCUUGUCUGUAGACCAGGCUGGCCUUGAGCUCAGAGUGCUGGGAUUAAAAGUGUGCAGCUCCUCACUGCAUUCUGUUCCUUGCCUUGCUAGCAUCUCUGGAAAAGCCUGAACUUGGGAAUUUCCACAGUACACCACUGGUGCUCUCCCUGUGCAUAGACCCCACACCCAUGACACACACAUCUAGGGAGAACACCGCACAGAGCAUGUUCAGACUUUUCGUCUUGGUCCCGACAACUUUUUUAGGUAGUGUUUGCAUUGGGGUUGGUGUUCAAAGGAAGCUGAAGAUAUUUCAGAAGGAUGCUCAUAAUUUGGCUGCAUAAACUUUGCUGUUUAGACUGUGCGUGUCUGUGGACUGGGUAUCCAAGAACACCCUGGAACCAGUCUUCUGAGUGGUGUGCCUUGUAGUUAUUUUAUUAAUGAAUUUAUUAAUUACAUUUCAAUCAAUUGAAAUUAUAGACUGAAUGCUUUUUGCUAUGCAAAUACUUUUCCUUCUAGAGUGUGCCAGCUUGGAUGAUUUUAUCGGAUGAUUGUUUUAAAGAAUGAUUUUGUUGCUGGCUGGCUUGCUUGCUUGUUUGGAGAUAGUCUUGCUAACUAGGCCAGACUGUCCUUGAGUUAAUGGGAUGACAGGUGUGUGCUACCACGUGAGGCUCAUGUAUUGAUUUAAGCACUUUUUUUUUUAUUGUGUAUUCAGGUGAAAAGUUACUCAGCAUAUACUGUGACACAAAGGAUGAGCUAAUAAAUGUUAUACAAACACUGA